GGACAUGAACCCGUCGGCGGCGCCCCCGCCGGGGCAGCAGGUGAUCCACGUCACGCGGGACCUGGACACGGACCUGGAGGCCCUGUUCACGGCGGUCAUGAGCCCGCGGCCCAGCUCCUGGCGGAAGAAGGUGCUGCCCGAGUCCUUCUUCAGGGAGCCCGACUCGGGCGCGCACUCGCGCCAGUCCAGCACCGACUCGUCGGCCGGCGGCGGCCCGCACGCCGCGCCCGCCGCGCCCGCCGCGCCCCCGGGCCCGCGGCCCGCCGCCGCCGCCGCGCAGCACGUGCGCUCGCACUCGUCGCCCGCCUCGCUGCCGCCGGGCGCCGGCGCCGCGGCCGGGGCGCCGCACGCGCACCUCCGCCAGCGCUCCUACGACGUGACGGACCUGCCCGAGGAGCCGCUGCCGCCCGGCUGGGAGAUGACCUUCACGGCGGCCGGCCAGCGCUACUUCCUCAACCACAUAGAGAAGAUCACCACAUGGCAAGACCCUCGGAAGAGCGUAAGUCACCCCCUGAGCCAUGCGUCGCUACACGCAGCCCCAGCCUCCACACCAGUGCCACAGAGGCCCAUGGCCACGUCCCAGCCCAACUUGGUGAUGACCUCCCAACACCAGCCGCCGAUGGCGCCCGGUGCCCUGGGCCAGCAGAACCCCUCCGCGGGGCUGGUGCCCGUGCCCCCUGCGCUGACCACCCAGCAGCAGCAGCAGCAAAAGCUGCGGCUCCAGAGGAUCCAGAUGGAGAGGGAGAGGAUUCGGAUGCGGCAGGAGGAGCUCAUGCGGCAGGAAGCAGCCCUCUGCAGACAGCUCCCGGUGGAGGCUGAGCCCAUGGUGGCUGCGCAGGCCGUCAACCCGCCCGCCAUGACCGCAGACCUGAGGUCCAUCAGCAGUAGCAACGCUGACCCUUUCCUCAGCAGCGGGCCCUACCACUCCCGGGAGCAGAGCACCGACAGCGGCCUGGGGCUGGGGUGCUACAGCUUGCCCACCACGCCCGAGGACUUCCUGAGCAACGUGGACGAGAUGGACACAGGGGAGGGCGCAGGCCAGGUGCCCAUGAGCGCCACGCCCCAGCAGAGCCGCUUCCCCGACUUCCUUGACUGCCUGCCGGGGACCAAUGUGGACCUGGGGACUUUGGAAUCCGAAGACCUGCUUCCUCUCUUCACCGACGUGGAGUCCGCCCUGAGCAAGAGUGAGCCCUUUCUGACCUGGCUGUGAGCCCCUCUGGCCGGGCUGCGGGC